AUGCCCAAAAAUUGGGCUGUUGACUUCACUGAGUUCAAUGGGAACCUUGAACUGAAGGGCAACAUGAUUGAGCUCCCAGGGCCUGCUCCUGGCUGUCAGAAUGAGUGCACGGCCGGAGGGUGUUCAGGAGAAACAGCAAAGGAUACGACAGAAUCUUUCAAGGCUUCAGACUUGAUUAUCACCCCAGCUACGACGUUCAAGGAAAAACCAGACCCCAGUGGUUUGGUAUUUGGAACUGUGUUCACUGAUAAUAUGCUGACAAUUGAAUGGUCCUUGGCUUCAGGAUGGGAGAGACCCUAUAUCAAGCCACUUGAGAACCUGUCAUUGCAUCCAGCCUCCUCGUCCCUGCAUUAUGCUAUAGAACUGUUUGAAGGAAUGAAGGCUUACCGAGGAGUGGAUGGCAAAAUUCGCCUGUUCCGGCCAACCCUCAACAUGGACAGGAUGGCACGGUCAGCAAAGAGAACAACUCUGCCAACAUUUGACCAGAAUGAGCUGUUAGAGUGCAUCCGGAAGCUUGUGGAAGUAGAGCAGGAGUGGGUCCCAUACUCGACCGCUGCCAGUCUGUAUAUCCGUCCUACCUUAAUUGGAACUGAGCCUUCCCUUGGAGUGAAGAAGCCAACGAAAGCUCUACUGUAUGUCAUCCUGAGCCCUGUGGGCCCUUACUUUGCAAGUGGAAGCUUUAAUCCCAUAUCCUUAUGGGCAGAUCCAAAAUAUGUAAGAGCCUGGAAAGGAGGAACAGGGGACUGCAAAGUGGGAGGGAAUUAUGGUUCUGCUAUUUAUGCCCAGCAAGAAGCCCUGGAGUUUGGCUGCCAGCAGGUUUUGUGGCUCUAUGGAGAAGAUCACCAAAUAACUGAAGUUGGAACAAUGAAUCUGUUUCUCUACUGGAUAAAUGAAGAUGGAGAAGAUGAACUGGCAACCCCACCUUUAGAUGGCAUCAUCCUUCCAGGAGUGACCAGACAAAGCAUUUUGGAUCUGGCACGCAACUGGGGAGAAUUCAAAGUGUCUGAGCGAUACAUCACUAUGAGUGACCUGACAGCUGCCUUGGAAGAGAACAGAGUAAAGGAGAUGUUUGGUGCUGGAACAGCUUGCAUUGUGUGUCCUAUCUCUAAAAUUUUAUAUCAGGGCAAGCAUUUGCACAUUCCAACUAUGGAGAAUGGGCCUCAGUUAACAACUCGUUUCCUGAACAAACUGAGUGAUAUCCAGUAUGGAAGAGAAGACAGUGAUUGGGCAGUGCUGGUGUCAUGAAGGUGGAAGAGUUCAGACCCUCCAGACAGAACAGACACAAAUAACGACAACUUCUGUAGCUGCCAGUGCAUAGCAUAGUUCCAGUAUCAAUUUGCUCCCCAGGAUGAUUGUUUCCACAAUCCAGCAAAUGUGAACACAAUCAUUUUGAUUUCUACUGUAAUCCUGUUGGUAGAAGCCUGUCUUCUUGGUAGAGGUGCUAAAUGUUAGCAAUAGAACUUUCCUAAUGGUUUUCUUAGUGCCUCCUUAUGUACAGUGUGAAAACUUGUAAAAUGCUCUUCAACUGCUCUUCAGUUUGGUUUGUUUACCUGCCAUCACCAGCAGAACAUGUUGUCACAUAACACACCGACGUUGACUGUUAGCUGGCCACAGGGUUCUGUUGACAUUAUUCUGCCUUUUGCUCUGUGUUUGGGAAACAAAUA